AUGAUCUACACACACAAGAUUAACAAUCUAAACAGUGGGGAUGUGAAUCUGGUAUAUGUCCACUGCGAUGUAAAGGAGAAGGACCAGGAGAAGGAGUCCUACCAGGCCACUUGGCUGGACUUGGUGAUGGAAACGAGACCAGAACAACAGACCACAUUGUUUGAGAACGACUCCCCGAGAAAGGAGACCUACAAGCAGAAACAGGUGGCUCGUUUCUUGGUCCAGAGAAACCCCAGUCAGAGGAUCAAGAUGGGCACAAGGGGUGGAAUGCUGAAGGUGUACCAGCUGCCAUACAUGAACGCCCUCCGUGUGCCCAUCUUCACUCCUAACAAAGCCGCCUCGCCCAAAGACCUGUACAGAUCUCCCUCUCCAUCAGAGUACAAGUCUAUCAUGGAGUUUGAGACGAUCGCCAAAGGCAUAUGUUCAGAUAAACAGGAGAUUUUUGAAAUCACUAAGGACUUGCCUAAAGUCUCCCAACUUAUCCGUGUUAACUUCAGGGCAUCUAGUCUUAUAUCCCCAACACGUGACUUUUCACACUCCUUCAGGGGUUGA